UGGGUUCGUGUAUAUGUAUAGGGGGAGAGUUGGAAGGCACAAGGACUAACGUCUUGUUGUCGAGGGCACCUUCUGACCAUGAUUGACUUUCCAUUGUGUUUUCUCUCAAGCAGACCCCACAGGCUAUUACAUGUCCGAAAAGUUUGAUGGAGUAAGAGCGCUGUGGGAUCAUAGCCAGCGAACGUUCGUAUCGCGGCUAGGAAACCGUUUCCAGGCGCCGGCCUGGUUCACCAAAGACCUUCCAUUAAACAUGACCCUCGAUGGCGAACUCUGGGGCGGCCACGGUAGCUUCCAAACCACAUCCGGUAUCGUCAAAACCGAGCUGGACAACAUCGCCCGACGGACCAUCAAGCCCGUUUCCGACGAUUCCUGGCGAGCGCUGACGUACCAGAUCUUCGACACGCCCAGCCAUGCGUCUGAACCUUUCGAGAAGCGCAUGGCCAUUCUGCAAGAUUUCAUGGCGGAACUCCCACCGGAUCAGAAGACGCUACGUCUCGUCCCGCAACGAUUAUGCACGUCGCGAGAACAUCUGAUGUCCGAAUUAAAAAAAGUCGAAAAGAAUAGCGGCGAAGGCCUCAUGCUCCGACAAGCGGAAAGCGUCUACGAAGGCAAACGAUCCAAAACGCUCCUCAAAGUCAAAACCUUCAUGGACGACGAAUGCAUGGUGCUAGAUUACACAGCGGGCAAAGGGAAGCAUGCAGGCAGAGUCGGGGCGUUGGUGUGUUUGAUGAGGGACGGGAGGCUCGUGGUUCUCGGCAGUGGGUUGGACGAUCAUGUCAGGGAGAAUCCGCCGGAGAAGGGGACUAUCGUGACGUUCCGAUACAUGGGGUUGACGCAGGGUGGGGUGCCGAGGUUUGCUACUUAUAUGGGGGAACGGGUGGAUUUUGAUCCGGAGGCGGAUGCGAGCAAGGAGGGAGGCGGGGGCGUUGUUGGGGCUUUGAAAGAGAGACCCUCUCGCAAGAAGGCAUCGCAAAAGCUCAAGAAGGGGGGGAUAUCGGCAUCGGAACCUCAAUCUGCGGACGCGGGAUCCCCAGCGCCCAAGGGGAAAAAGAAGGCGCGAAAGUCAGACAAACUUGUCGAUGCAGAAGCAGUGUCGAUAACGGAUGCAGCAAAUGCGCCGAAUGCCCCAGCGACGAAGUCCACGUCGAAAAGGAAGAAAGCGGCGGAUGGUGCGCCGAUCCUAUUGGUAUAGAGGCACCGGAGACGGCACCAAAGUCGAAACGGAAGAAAGCCGGAAAGGGAAUGAGGAGGCGCUUGGCACCGAUACUGCGUUACCCGGGAAAGGUGCCGCGGAGACACCCGAUCCGGUUGCGAAGCCGAAACGGAACGAAGUCGCGAAGGAAGCAAAGAAGAAGCCUGCGAGUUGAAGACGGCUGACAUGUUGUUUCGAGCGAACUCCAAGUCGAGCCGUCUCUCCAAGGCCCGAAGGAGAGGGCGAACGGAUCCGAUCGCAGGCGCGACAAUGCACGAUACUAGAUGGCACAGAAUCCGACCACCAUCCCUCGAGACAGAGGAUGUCUAACGAUGGGCCCACCGCCAUGCA